GCGGCGGCGGCGGCGGGGCCGGGCCGGGGCCGGGCGCUGGGGGGGCCGGGGCCGGAGCCGGAGCCGGAGCUGGAGGCGGGCGAAAUCCGAGCGGCCGGGGGCGGCCACAGUGAUGAGCCGGGCCUGGCGGACGCGGCGCCAUCGCAGUCAGAACGAAGAGGCCCAGCAGAAGGGACUCGCUGAGCCACCCCCGCCCCGCUCCAUGUUGACUGUAUUCUCAGGCUGGCAACAUGCCCCCCCCUGCAGAGGUGACGGACCCAUCCCAUGCCCCAGCUGUCCUGCGCCAGCUCAAUGAGCAGCGACUCCGUGGCCUCUUCUGUGAUGUCACCCUCAUAGCUGGAGACACCAAGUUCCCUGCUCAUCGCAGUGUCCUGGCUGCUUCUAGUCCCUUCUUCAGAGAGGCCCUGCUUGCUUCAGCCCCAUUGUCUCUCCCACCAGUUACAGGGGUCACGACCUCCAACCCUGCCACCACCACAACUGCCUCUUCCUCCACCUCCACCUCUACCACCUCCUCCUCCUCCCCUCCUCCAGCUUCACCCCCCACUUCAUCCCCACCCCGGGUCCUGGAACUGCCAGGGGUCCCGGCAGCUGCCUUCUCUGAUGUCCUCAACUUCAUCUAUAGUGCCCGGCUUGCCCUCCCCGAUGGAGGAGGUGACGGGGCAGCUGUGGCCGAGAUUGGAGCACUGGGGCGACGUCUGGGCAUAUCUCGCCUGCAGGGCCUGGGGGAGGGAGGUGAUGCCUGGGUGCCUCCUGUCCCAAAUCCCAUGGCCACCUCGCAGCCUGAAGAUGACAGCUUUGGACCCAGGCCAGCUGGGGAGUGGGAAGAUAAUCGGGCUGAGGCUCAAGCCCCUGAUUCACAGCCCCUGCUACCCCGGCGGCCCCUCCCCUGCCCUCGAUGUGGGAAAAGCUUCAUCCAUCCCAAGCGGCUGCAGACGCAUGAGGCACAGUGCCGGCGGGGAGUGAGCACACGGGGGUCUGCAGGGCUGGGAGGAGGGGGCUCUGGUCCGAGCGGUCCUGCAGGAGUGGAUGCUUCGGCCCUGCCUCCGGUGGCCUUCCGAGGUGGCCCUGAGCACGUGGUGAAGGUGGUGGGCGGCCACGUGCUGUAUGUGUGCGCGGCCUGUGAGCGCUCCUACGUGACCCUGUCCAGCCUGAAGCGGCACAGCAACGUGCACUCGUGGCGGAGAAAGUACCCCUGCCGCUACUGUGAGAAGGUGUUCGCCCUGGCCGAGUACCGCACCAAGCAUGAGGUGUGGCACACCGGGGAGCGCAGGUACCAGUGCAUCUUCUGCUGGGAGACCUUUGUCACUUACUAUAAUCUGAAGACCCACCAGCGAGCCUUCCACGGCAUUAGCCCCGGCCUGCUGGCCAGUGAGAAGACACCCAAUGGCGGCUACAAGCCCAAACUCAAUACUCUCAAGCUCUAUCGCCUGCUCCCCAUGCGGGCGGCCAAGCGACCCUACAAGACCUACAGCCAGGGAGCCCCCGAGGCCCCGCCUUCUCCAAGCCUCACCACACCAGCCCCUGCAGCAAUGCCAGCCACCCCACCACCUGGACCCCCACCUGCCCCUGAGCCUGGCCCCCCACCCUCUGUCAUCACUUUCGCACGCCCGGCCCCUUCUGUUAUUGUACACGGGGGCAGCAGCAGUAGCGGAGUAAUGGGUAGGCCGGCCAGCACAGGAGGAGCCCAAGCUGCCUCAGUCAUCACUUACACAGCUCCCCCAAGACCCCCCAAAAAACGUGAAUAUCCCCCGCCUCCCCCCGAGCCUGCAGCCAUACCAACCAGUCCAGCCAGCAUGGGCAGCCCAGUGGCUGCAGCAGUGCCCGCCACUGGCACAGAGGAGGGCAAGGGCCGAAACCCACGGGCUGGCAGGACUCUGACUUACACAGCCAAGCCAGUUGGGGGGCUCAGUGGGGCCGGGGGUCCCUCUCAGCUUCAGGCUCCACCUCCCCUAUGUCAGAUCACUGUGCGCAUAGGCGAGGAAGCCAUUGUCAAGCGUCGCAUCUCAGAAACUGACUUGCGUCCUGGGGAGCUGAGUGGAGAGGAGGAAGAGGAAGAGGAGGACGAAGAGAACGAAGAGGAGGAGGAGGAAGAGGAGGAGGAGGAAUCAAAGGCUGGCGGGGAGGACCAGCUCUGGAGGCCCUACUACUCCUACAAGCCCAAGCGCAAGGCUGGAGCUGCAGGCACGGGUAGCGGUGGGGGCGGGGGGGUGCCCAGGAGCCGCCGGCCACCCCGCUGGAGGCAGAAGCUGGAGCGAAAGAGCUGGGAAGAGACCCCAGGAGCUGAAGGCCCUUCAGCACGUGCCCGCAGCGAGCGGAGACACCGCUGCGCCAUCUGUGCCCAGACGUUCGCCACCCUGAGGAAGCUGCACAAGCACCAGGAGGCUCACGGCGGGGGCUCCCACAGCUCGCGGGCUGGCCGGAGGCCUUCCACCCGCUUCGCCUGCCCUCACUGCGCCAAAGUGUGUAAGACGGCAGCUGCCCUGAGCCGCCAUGGGCAGAGACACGCUGCUGAGCGGCCCGGGGGUACCCCCACGCCCGUCAUAGCGUACUCCAAGGGCAGUACCACCAGCACCAGCCCUGGAGAUGUCAAGGAGGAGGCCCCCCAAGAGAUGCAAGUGUCCUCGUCCAGUGGGGAGGCAGGUGGUGGGAAUGCUGCUGCCGAAGCGUCUGAGACUUCCUCACUGCAGGACCCGAUCAUCUCCGGGGGUGAGGAGCCCCCUGCACUGCCAGGAGCGGGGGCCUAUGUAUACCCCCCCGUGCAGGAAUUUCCACUGGCCCUGAUUGGGGGUGGCCGGGAAGCUGGAGGUGGCAGGGGGAAACCUGGGAGUGAGGGGCCUGUGGGGGCUGGUGAGGGGGACCGGAUGGAGGGGGUGGAGACUGCCAAAGUCACCUUCUACCCUGAGCCCUACCCGCUUGUCUAUGGACCCCAGCUCCUUGCCGCCUACCCUUACAACUUCAGCAACCUGGCUGCUCUCCCAGUCGCUCUUAACAUGGUCCUACCUGAUGAGAAGGGCGGGGGGGCUCUUCCCUUCCUACCAGGGGUCUUCGGCUAUGCAGUCAAUCCUCAAGCUGCACCGCCUACUCCCCCAACUCCACCCCCUCCAUCUCUUCCUCCAGCAGUGCCCCCUAAAGCGGAAGGGGAAAGGGAAGGGGUUGAGAGAACCCAGAAGGGAGAUGUGGGGUGAACUCUCGGCCUAGGUCUUCCCCUUCUACCAGAUUCUACCCUCCCUGAAUACCCCCGUCACUACUAGCUCCCUGGCUUCCCUGCCCCUUGGGAGCACCUCCCCCCCUCCACACUCUUGUGCAGGGAUUUGGAGCCCCUGUAACUCAGGGGUCAGGCUGCUUUGUGUGAGAUUGUAGUUUUCCCAUCUCCUGGGAAGGGAUCUUUGGUAGUUCCCCUCUCAGCUCUCCUCCAGGGAAUGGCCUCCAUGAGGGGCAGGGCCACUCCCGUUCCUCCUCUAGCCCUUGGGGCAACAGCAAUAUAUUUAGAUGAAUCUCUACUCACAGCCCCCACCAGCUCUGAAUGUCUAACACCCCCCCCCCCCCCCGGCCAUCCAUAAACCUAGGGGGAAACCAUCUCUCACCUAAUGACCUUCCUUAUUCUGAAGCUUUCUCUAAGCUCUUCCCCAGAUGCUUUCUAGCACAUUCCAGUCUUCAUGGCCCAGGGCCUGGACCAGACCAUUGUGAUACCUGGCACCCACCAAGUAUGACUCUGGAUUCCAUUCUUCCCAAGGGUGGGUUCCUGUGUCACUGUCUCCUUCACAGUAAGAUGCCACGCCGCCUUUGACUUCAAUGCCUUCCAAUCUUCCAUUUUGGCCUCUCCCAGUCCAGAUCAAGGCCAUGUUGUGGGGGAGAACUACCCAUUUGUUCCACCACAGAGCACUUUCCCAGUCCAGGGCAGCACCAAUCUUGACCCUAUCUUUGCCCCAAAAUCCACUAGCCCCAGAUUCUCUCAAGGCAAAAGAGGUGAGCAGAUUAUACCUCUUCCUGCCUCUACAAAUGGCCACUUCGGGGCUAGACCAGAUUUGGGGGGGUCAGGAAGGAGGAGAUCCAUAUGGGAUGGAGAAGGAAAUCCACUUUCUCUCUUUAUGAGUUUUUUGGGGGGGUUGGGGGAGGGGGGUUGCUGAUGGUUUCUCCCAGACUAGACCAAAUAGCCAGAAAAAUUACGGGGUUGAAUGGGUGGGUAAGCCCAAGAUUUGCACAUGACCACCCAUCCUUACCUUAACCCUAUCUUCCCCACUGUCACUCUCCUCACCAGUCACUCCAGAUGGUUUUUCGGGAACCAUCCUACUCCCUUGGUGGGUCCCAGGGUAUUCCCACCAACAUUCCCUCCAAAAUAGCACCUUACACACUAUCUUUGACUCAGUUUCCCACACCCAAAGAUCCCAGUCUAGGGAUGGAGUACAGGGACCUUAAAUAGUCCCUAAACCUUAAUUUGCACUAGUUAACCCUGGUCAGGGGUCCCUACGUUUUCCUUCCACUGGGGGAGACAGAAAUGCUUGCUCCUAUUACUUAUAACUGGGCUUCCCCACUCUAAUUGAAUGAACAUGUCCCAUCGCUCCCACCUCCUAAGCUCAAAAAACAGAAACAAGUCACAAAAAAAGGGGAGCGUUUGGGAGGAGCAAAUUUGAAAAAAAAAAACACGGGAAUUUCGAGGAGUGCAGUUUUAAAAGGGGAAAUGUUGCUAAAAUAAAAAUGGCAACUUUUUCCUCAGCUAUUGUUUUCUGGGGCCAAGACAGCUACCCUCUGGGCAGAUGCUGAGAGAACAAGAUCACAGCUUUCGGAGGGGAGUGAGUUAGGGGAGACAGAGGAGCGUCUUCCUAUCUCUUACCCUCCUGGCCUGUAGAAAGGGGCAGGUUUUCUAUAGGCCCCCUGAAUGUUAACCAUGGAGGAGUGUUGCUCCUUCAUUCCUCCUCUGCCUCUUUGCACUUUUCUUGGUCUUGGCCACAGUCUGAGUGAAGAGUUCCUACUGAAUGUACCAAGUUCCAAUUUUUAAGGGGGAGGGGAGGGAGUUUAAAAUGGGAAAAUGAAAAAAAAAUCACUAAAAAAAAUCCCACAAAUCUUGUCUCUGGCACUUUAGAAAAACUGCGAAAAAAUACAUAAUAAAGAAUACAUAUAUAUCUACACACAACAUAUAUACGUGUAUAUAUGACUAUAUAUACACAGCGGAACCAUUUGAGAGAAUGAGGAAGGCCUUGGCGGUGGGGUCUGAGGGCAGAUGGGAUGAUAUAAUCCCCUUAAUUCUGUACCCUGCACUUCUCUAAAAUUGUGCAGAAGAGGGAAGGGGGGGGGGUGAACAUGGACCAGGGAAUCUGAAUAUCAAAACAGGUCCAAAUUCCAAAACCAUCGGACAUUUUGGGAGAGCUGAGAUGGCAGAAAUGAACUUCUUUGAAAAUAUAGGACAAUAGUUUCUGAAAUUUGGUGGUUCUGAGUGACAAAAUGGAAAUUUUAAUAUGUAUGUGAGCUGAGGGAUUGGAUAUUGUAAAUUUCAGAUGUUAGACAUUUGGGAUUUUGCAAUUUCUUCUUUUGAAAAGUAUCCGGCCUUGUUAGUUAAUACCUUCUUUCCCCAUGUUCCCUAAGAAGAAGGGUGAUAGUAGUGAGGGAAGGUCACUGGUUCUGUGCCACAGCACACAAGAUUUAGAAUUCUACAGACUAGCUCUAUUCGUAGUGAGGACCCAGAUUUAGAGAAACUGACAAAUAUUUAUCUCCGCAUUUGUGUGUGUGUCCAACUCUCUAGGCCAAUAAACCAACAAGACAAACAAACUGUG